AUGGAAGGCGACAGCAUGAGCGGCGACGGCAGUGCCGUCCAUCCAGUCGAACUGUCGGUAUACUCAGUACUUUCUGCUGACCUAGACGGCUUGUACCAGUCCAUCAAUGAACUACGGGAGUCGCAAGCGUUACUCAUUCUUAUGCUACGGAGGGUUCGUGAUAAACUUCGAAGAGAGGGACAAGUUCUUUACGACCCGGAACCUUUCAAGCCCACGAUGGAUAAAUUGGCCAACCUGACGACUCGCGUGAACACGCUUACAAAGACGUAUGAGCAGCUUCAGGGCAGCGUCAAAUCCCUCGCCAAAUAG